AUGGAAGGAUCCCUCGAUGAAUUGGCAAUUACUACCACAAAAAAGCGGCGGCCCUCGCCCUUUCAAGAUAAGGGGGCAACAAAAAGUAUUCAAAAAAGAUGCCGGAGGACGGAGGAGAAGCACGGUUUUGCAGAUGAUAUAGUAUUCGAGAUACUAACAUGGCUUCCAGCUAAAUCUCUCAUGCGAUUCAGGUGUGUUUCUAAAGCUUGGAACAGGUUGACACAACAUGAUUCCAACUUUGUCAAGUCGCAUAGUGCUCGUUCUCAAGCCCGUCCCUCAGCCACUCGCCUCUUAUUUGAAAUACGAAUAUGCCGCGGUGCACUUGUUGAAAGCACUUCUAAUUCCCCAACACGGUUAGAAGGAUUAUCUUUACAACUUGUGCGUCCUCAUCCUUGUCUCAAUAUAAGGUAUUGCUUUAUUAGGUCAAAUCAUUGCAAUGGCCUUGUUUGUCUCUUUAACCUUAAAGAUAAGCAAGUUUACUUGCAUAAUGUCACCACAAGGGAGAUAAAGGUUUUGCCGUUCUCUGUGAGCAGUCCGAUAGAAUUGUUUCCUUGGUUGUUUUUGGGAUUUGAUCUAAAUACAGAGAAAUACAAAUUGCUUCAUAUUGUUCGCUAUGGCAACAAACAACAGAAGAUCGAGAUUCUUACUCUAGGAACCAACUCCUGGAGAAGAAUCGAUAACAAGUGUGCAGAGAACUCAUAUUCAACAUGUUCUUAUGAGGAUUGUAUUUUCCUCAAUGGGGUAAUUUAUUGGAUUGAAUUUGGGUACACAACUAUCACUUACUUCAACUUCAGAGAGGAGGAAUUUGGAACUAUUUCAAUCCCACAAAGUUGCUGCUGCUAUUCAAUAAAAAUGGAUAAAAUGCAAACUGCACUGCGGGGAAAGCUUGUUGUGAUUUGUCGUCUUUUGGUAAUGAAUGAAACGUGUGAUUUUGUAUACAAUGAGGUCAACAAGGUUUUUAUGAAAUUUAAUAAUCCCGAUUUGGAGAAGAAGAAGGUUGUCUUGCUUGAAGAAGAAAACAUUAACGAGAUAACAUAUUGUCAAAACUUAAUUUUAGCAACAACGAGCUUUAUUAGCGCCUCAACUUCUUUGGUGGUAUUCUCAAAUCGUUUUCGGUUAGAACGGGACACAAACAAGAGUAUCACGAUAGAUCAAAUGAUCGAUGAGGUCAAGGCAUUGUAUGGUGCUGGACAUCUUACAACUACAAGCUUACUUGGCUGGUCUGUUUUUCUCUUAGCACUCCAUCCUGAAUGGCAAGAAAAAGCCAGAAAAGAAGUGUUUGCAUUCUGUGGUCUUAAAAACCCAACUUCUGAUGCAAAUCGCAAGACUAAGAACAGUAAGCAACGCUCUCAGUAUUGA